UUUGUGAUGGUACAAAACUCAAUGCUGUAGAACCAAAUAUAUGCUGUAAACUAAAAUACAUAGUUUUUGUUUUAUCACCGCCUUGAAAAAUGAGCGUGCAAAACGUUUAAACUUUUGUUUCUGUUCACCUCAAUUGAUACUUUUCUCACAAAUUUCUAAAAUUGAAUUACCAAACAGAAAUAUUCCAGUGCCCUAGUCUCUUUUUUGUCAGCCAUUUCGUUUCCCCCAGAUUUAUUGGCCAAUGGAUACCAAAGCAAGGCCAAUAACAUCUUCCAAAGAAGCAGGAACAUCUUCGGAUCCAGCUGGAACAUUUUUUGAACCGGCAGCAAUAUCUUCUGAACCGGCAGAAACAUCUUCUGAACCGGCAGCAACAUCUUCUGAUCCGGCAGCCACAUCUUCUGAUCCGGCAGCAACAUCUUCUGAUUCGGCAGCAACAUCUUUUGAACCGGCAGCAACAUCUUCUGAGCCGGCAGCAACAUCUUAUGAUCCGGCAGCAACAUCUUCUGAUCCCGCAGCAAUACCUUCUGAAUCGGCAGCAACAUCUUUUGAACCGGCAGCAACAUCUUCUGAAGCGGCAGCAACAUCUUCUGAACCGGCAGCAACAUCUUCUGAUCUGGCAGCAACGUCUUCUGAUCCGGCAGCAACAUCUUCUGAUCCGGCAGCAACAUCUUCUGAACCGGCAGCAACAUCUUCUGAACAGGCAGCAACAUCUUCUGAUCUGGCAGCAACAUCUGAUCCGGCAGCAACAUCUUCUGAUCCAGCAGCAACAUCUUCUGAUCCCGCAGCAAUACCUUCUGAAUCGGCAGCAACAUCUUUUGAAGCGGCAGCAACAUCUUCUGAACCGGCAGCAACAUCUUCUGAUCCGGCAGCAACAUCUUUUGAACCGGCAGCAACAUCUUCUGAACCGGCAGCGUCAUCUUCUGAACCAGCAGCAACAUCUUUUGAACCGGCAGCAACAUCUUCUGAUCCGGCAGCAACAUAUUCUGAUCCGGCAGCAACAUAUUCUGAUCCGGCAGCAACAUCUUCUGAUCCGGCAGCAAUAUCUUCUGAACCGGCAGACACUACUUCUGAACUGGCAGGAACAUGUACACAAGCAGGAACAUCCGCCGAUGACAAUCGUGGCAACACGACAGAGACCCAUCUGAUGUUAACGGGUGAGCAGAAAGAGUACGUCGAAAGAGGUAAGUCAAGACGCAAAAAAUAUUGCCAGUUUUCCCGUUAUCCCAUUGAGUCAAUUAUGCUCCCUCCGGUUCCAAACCAAACACGAAUUGACGUCUAUCCUGAUGAAAUAGAAAAGGAGGCAGUUGAAAACUCAAAGCCUAGUGGACCAAAAGCACAAGGUAAAGGGAAAAUGUCGAAUCAAAAAGUGAAAGAGCGAUCUCCCGAUCCUAAAAUACCAACGAAAAUUAGGGAUGAAAUUAUACAGCGGGAGCAGUACGAAGGCGAAGUGAUAAUUUACCGAGCACUUGAAGAGCUAGAGGAAAAAGUGAUCUGUCUACACUCUUUCGCAUAUAAAGCCCAUCAGUUCAAUGUUUGGAGUUUAAACGAUGAAAGAGAAAACGAGAAAGAACACGACUUCAUUAUCCUCGGAGAGACCUUCAUAGCAGUGAUUGAAGUUAAAACUCCUACAAAUGAAGACAACUUAGGUGAUAAUUUGAAGAAAGCCGUAAAACAAUCUCAAGUCGCAAAAAAACUAAUUGAAAAUGUGGCUACUACAAUUAACCCAAAUUUCACUCCUAACGUUUUUCGCUUCGUUGCAUUCCCAAACCACAAAACUGACGCUUUUAUUCGAAAAGUUGGAACAGUCGCUUAUAGUAUGAAAACUGAAAUUACGAAAGAAUACUUCAUUGAACAAGGAUCGAACCAUUUUGCUUUGAUAAACGUGUCAGAUGAGGAUGAAAAGUUGGAUGAAGUCCAAGAAGCAAAGCAAGCACAUUUGAAAUCCGAUCACGUUACGCUAAUAUGCGGAGAUAACUUGGAUUUCACAAAAUGGUGGCAAACAAAAACUGCAUGUCCCGAAUUAACUGAGACAAGCUGGAUACUGCAACAAUUCAAAAGGCGAUCUUUAUUGUUCAAUAUUCAACAAUAUUUACCAAGAAGGUUACAACAAAAAAUUAAAAAAGCAAUGUUAAUGCCCACCACAACAGAAAUAGAGAUGCUCCACGAAAUUUUGAUAGCCAUUUGGGACAUGGGACCAUUAGAGCGAAAACUUCCAGGAGGAGCUAAAUUUGAACUGGGCAGUUGGAUAGCUAAAAUUGACAAGCAACUGAAAGAGGGUCGAAUCACAUUUGAGAGAACCAACCCAAAACAGAAAGAAGACAUGAGCAAUAAGGACAUAAUAGAGACGAAAAACGAACCUGCUUUCAUUUUUGAGUUUCCGAAACCAGAUGAUCCUGAGUUCAAAAUCAACAUAUUUUAUGAUAUAUGGCAUUUGGAUUACUUGCACCGCGAUCAAUUGGAAGCCUUUCAAGAUAACGGCAUCAACCAAACAUUUUUUCCACUGAAGGGGGCUGCUGGAACGGGAAAAACGAUUGUUCUUUUGGCGAAACUGUUUAGAUUCAUUCUAGAAGACAAAGACAAAAAAAAUGAAGCUUUUUAUGUCCAUAAGACUUUGAGAAGAGAUCGUUCGGAUAUCUACGCUACACCAGUCGAAAUAGCUAUGAUCAAAUUUCAAAAAUUAACUGGCAUUAACGUCUACGUUUCUAUGCCCCAUUUCAAAAGGGGCUCGAAAUCUCGAUUUCUAAAUUUGCACGAUUUCAAAAGGGCCUCAGAAGGGGCUCGAAUAUUUAUGAUGUUUAAUCACUCCGAGAACUACAAGGCAGAGAAAAAACAUACACAUCCUAACACAAUGUAUUAGAUUGAUAGCUUAAAUAAUGGACUUAUGCCCAUAUUUUUUUCAUCGAGUAUUUUUCUUCAAAAAUCGAUUGUUCGGUCUUGGGUACGCGGGCUUUUUUUUGCUAUGGCCACUCCAAUCUCGCGGUAAAAAUAUGAGCAGAAAACUAUUUCUUCAACAAUUUAAGUUUGGUUCUUUUUGUGGUAUAUUUUCACUGGAACUCACAACCACUCAAAAUUUAGAAAAACCAACUCAAAGCAAGCUUCAGAGAGCAGUUUUUGUUAAGCAAGUCUGAUUCAAAUUAGCGCGAAAAAAAAACCGGAAAAACGGUCGAAUGGUACCACAUACCCUUGUGACUACGUGUAAAAUGGUGUUCGGUACUCGAAUCAGGAACCUACUGUAAGCCACUCUACCACACUACUUUUUGCAAGUUGCUUGGAUGCUUUCUGACAGCUUGGACUUAGAAGAGUCAUUGACUGCAACUAAAUAAAAAACAGCCGGAGAGAAACCGAUGACCUUCUCUUAACUAUGCAGCUAAAUUUGAGGAAAAAAACUAACAUAGUCAAAGAAGACCUGCGCUAAGGAUGUGCGAAAAUUAACGUAAGCUUGCGUAGCAAUGAAGAAUUAAAAAAAACUGGCCAUGCACAUUUGCGUUAAUGACAUUUGGUGCCAAGGAAACCAGCGCGAAGACCAGUGGAUGGUGGUUGAUAGCUAGUGCUUGCUAGACAAGAUAGAGGAUGCUUGAGGAUCUAGACAAGGUAGUAAAGAAACAUAUUUGACAACUGGAUUACUCACAGAUUCUCUGACUGUAACUCGUGAUGCCUGUAUGUAGGCUUCUGAUACAGUUUAUACGCGCCCAAUUCUGUAUGAAGGCCUUCGAUCCUGUAAAUAAACCGUCAAUCCGAUAACAGUGUAAUGGAAACCUGGAAAUUAUCACAAAAAUUCCCACUGUUUCGCACUCACUUGCUUCUUGCUUAGACCUCAGUCCGAUGGCACUGACUCAAAACCUGAUUUAGGCCUAAAACCGAUCGUACUGACUCGACAUCUGAAUAGACCUCAGUCUGUUUGCAUCCACUUGAGACCUGAUUAGGUCUCAAACUCUCUUAUCUGCAAACUGGGAUACAUUUUUGCACGCUUCCAAUCCCGUAUGUAAGCCUCCAAUCUUGUAUUAAGGCCUCUGAUUAUGUAUUUAGGCGGCCAAUCAAAUCCCACUGUGAUUGAAGCUUACUUUUGUCAGAUACAUUCCUACUGAAUCGCUCUCACUCGACACUUAAAUACAACGCCACCCAAUUGUAAUCAUUCGGCACCCAAGUAGGCCUCAAUCCGACCGCACUCACUCGAUAUGAUUUUGAGGGUGACCCAGUUAGUUUAUUAGAAAUACUAAUCAUUUUCCAUUUUUCAAAAGUUUAUUACGACAAUACAUUUUUCGGGCACGCUCGAUGUAUAAGCAUAGCUUUAUAAGUUCGUUUCGCUUUUACCGUCGAGUGCUGUGAGAUAGCAUAGAAAAUUUUAUUUGUUUUUUUUUCGCGUUCAAUUAACUUUUUCCUCUUAUGGUUAGGGGUAGUGUUGAUUUUGUCACCGAGUCUAAUAUGAAUUCAGAUUGUUCCUAUAGUGAACUUCCUUCAACUUUGUGAUGUAGAGUUCUUCCAUCAAUUUCUAUAAUGAAUUCGCGAGUGUAGCUGUCUUCAUUCAUUUGUUGUUUUUGCAGUUUUUUCCCAAAACUCGUGGGUAUAAAAAGUUCAUUGGUAACCAUAUCCAUAUUGUGAUUGAUGAAAGAAUGUUUGCAUAUUCCCCAGUUGCAGCAAAUCGGAAAUAAUUAAGCAAUAUGUUCAUAUAGGCAUUCACAUAGGCUCCUAAAGACUGUUGGAAAACGACUUUGGUACUAUCUGAUGUGUAAAAGCUUUCUCUGCUACUUUUUCAAGAUACUACUUGAUUGACGUUUGUUUUUUGUUCUUUUGUAUUGCUUAACAGUGGUAAUAGGUAAACUUUAGGGAGACUCAUACUAAAAGAAAAUAACCUACAGACAAAAACAAAUGCUUUCCUGAUGUGUCGUUGUGGGUUGCUAAAAGUUACUAUUUUUUUUGAGAUUUUCAAAUAAUACCAAUAUAUUUCGAAAUUAUAUGAUUUACGAGAAUAAUUCUGAAAUGUCUAUCCACUUUUUUGGAAACAAUGAAUGAUUUUAGAACGAUUCAGUUUUAACUGUCCGCUGAUGUUCGUUUUUCUUGUUCGCAUAAGUUUUUCAUAAAUUUUUUUAAUGGUUUUUGUUUGAAUAUAAUCAUUAUCUUACUUGAUUGCGUUGUCAUCUAUACAGAAGUUUUCGACUAAGUAGUUUCUGUGGGCUAAAUGAACGCUAGUAUCGGAAUCUUUUUGAACUUCUUUCUUUGUCCUUAAGAAUUUGAAAAGAGCGAUUUCGGAUGACUAAGAUACACCAGUCGAAAGUGCUAUGCUCGAAAUUCAAACUUAACUGGCAUUAACUUCUGCGUUUCAAUGCACGAGUUCAUAAGUGGGUCGAACACUCGAAUAGUUAUGAUGAUAUAUGACUACAGGGUAGAGAAAAAACAUACACAUCGUAACACAACGUAAUUGAUUGAUAGCUUAGAUAAUGGACUUAGGCCCAUUUUUUUUCAUUGAGUAGUUUUCUUCAAAAAUUGAUUGUUCGGUCUCGGGUGCGCUGGCUUGUUUUGCUAUGGCCACUCCAAUCUCGCAGUGAACAAGCUAAAUUUCUUCAACAAGCUAAAUUUGUUCAUUUUUGUGGUUUAUUCUCACUGGAACUCACAAUCACUCAAAAUUUAGAAAAACCAACUCAAAGCAAGCUUCAAAGAGCAGUUAGACUUAAGCACGUCUGAUUCAAAUUAGCGCGAAAAAAAAACGGAAAAACGGUCGAAUGGUACCACAUAUCCUUGUCACUACGUGUUUCAUGGGGCUGGGUACUCGAAUCAGGAACCUACUGUUCUCCACUCUACCACACUACUUCUUGUAAAUUGCUUGGACGCUUUCCGACAGCUUGGGCUUAAAAGAGUCAAAGACUGCAACUAGUCAGGAAACCGAUGACAUUCUCUGAGCUACGCAGCUGAGUAUGAGGAAAAAUAUCUAACAUAGUCAAUUGAGCCUGAAGGAUAGUAUGAGUCUGGUCAUAUUCCUAUUGCAGGGUAGCAAUUGCAUUGCUGUUGAAUACAAUAUUCUCAGAAACAUAUUUUUCUGAGCUCCAUCGGAAAUUGGUGUCUCUACCCUAUCUUAUACGACGAACCAACACCGGGGUUAGAAAACUAGUGGUUAGCGGCAUUUUAAAGCUGAUGAUCUGCUUGGUGAGCUUAACAUACGGAACUGACACUGGCUUGCGGCACAAUUUCGCUCAGUGCAGGUUUAAGAGGGUUGGUGAAAAAAAGCAUGUCUAUUGGCAUUCUGUAGGUCUGAUUGCAAAGUCAUAUCGAAUGCUGAAUCAGUAAAUUAUUUUCCUAUAGGCACAUUUAUAGCAGCCGGUAGUUAGGAAGAUAUUGAUUCAGCACCCGGUAGUUAGGAAAUUACAAGGUUACCAAAUGAUAGAUUGCCGGAUAACUCCAGAAGACCUGUGCUAAGGAUGUGCGACAAUUACCGUAAACUUGCGAAACAAUGAAGAACGAAAAAUUUGGCCCUGCACAUUUGCGUUAAUCACAUUUGGUGCCAAAGAAACCAGCGCGAAGACCAGUGAAUGGUGGUUGAUAGCUGGCACUUGCAUGAGGAUCCAGACAAGAUAGUACAGAAACAUAUGGAUCAGCAGCCUGCAGGGACAAUUUUGAUCGCUGUUCAAGAUGUGGAGAGACUGAAUGACAACCUUUAUCCAAACCAGGAUCACUAAAAGUUCCUUGUCUACCAGAAAAGACAUGACUGAGGCUUCCAUAAACUCAGGAAUUGAAGCGAAACUCAUUGUGCAAAAACAUUGUUUAACAUUAACUUAAUUUUUCGGCUGGUCAAAUUUUUUUUUUUAAAAGAAGUCUCAAGAGAAGCCAGACCAGAACCUAAGAAGAAGUAGUUCAAUCCUCACUACUCUUCUUUUCAAUUUCAACAACUAUCAAACUAACAAAGAAAACAACCUGUUAACCCAAGAACACUGGCCUGAGCAUAGUUUGUAUGGUCAACUAUGAUAAAAAGUUCCUUCUUACAGGUGGGGAGGCGCCAAGCUUAGAGCUGGAACUCCUCAUGUAGUUCAUGCUUCAUGUAGUUCUCGGUAAGAACCUGGUCCUUCGCCGUACGCUUAGAGUUAAAAUCUUGAUUCAUGUGAAGCACAAGAAAAUACAAUAUACAUAAAUGCUCCUCUAUGUUCUCAAUUUCGUUCCGGUGAAAACGAUUGUUCAAAUUUUCUUCUAAUAUCCUAUUUACAAGUUAGUAAGUUGGUCAGUUUUUCGUACGGUUCUUCUUGGUGUUAAAUUUUUUCGUUGAACUUCUUACGAUGUCAUGCCAAACUGUAUGUCAAACUGAUACAUAAAUUAUUGAAUGGUCUUCUGUGAGACUCUGACGUUGAAAAUCUAAGUUAAAGCGGUUUUUGUGAAGCAAAUUUACCUAACGCGCUUUUGAAAUGUUGCAGGACGUAUGCGAAGCGCGUUUUAAAGUGAAUCGACCCUUAUGAUCAACACAGAACGCCUAAUGAUUUUAUUUUGUGAUCUUUUAGCAACAUGGGUUGAAUUUCAAGUUGAUCGGUUGAAUCUCAAAAACAAGCACUGGCAGGAAAUCUGCGACAAAAACUGCAACUUAUCCUACGCAAUAUCACCGCACCUGACCCCUAAACAUACAGGCGAAAACUAACACGAUGAGUUUACGAGCAAAGUUGAUCGCAUUACUUUUAAAAAGACAAAAGCAGGUUAAGUGUUGAUAUAACUACGUUAAAAACUAAGUUCUGGAAAAUCAAUUUGUUUGACCGACGUUAAAUUACCAGACUAUUGAUCUUGCGCUUGAUGUAAAAACACAGCAAAUUUUGCAGAGAGUUUUUGAGUUUUUCUACCAGUGGGUUCGAUUCAUACACUGUUUUAGAAUUUUUAUCUGAAACCUGUGUUGUCUUGAUCUCAAAUAGAAAAAUUUUUAAUCCCUGAAAAUUUGCUUCAACAUUUUUAAUAUUGAGAGCAAAUCUAGUAUAAAUUGUCUAAUGACGAGUUUUUUGAUUUGAUCAAAACGACCACAAUUUUCUAAUUUCAAGCAAAAGACACAAGAAACAAAGGUUUACUAAAUUAUGUUGAUCAACGCAGUCAGGCAAUGUAAAACAUCAACAUCGAAUUUAUUGCACCAACAUUUGACGGUUUCGGUUUGUCAGUCCAUUGGCCAGUCGAGUCGCAUAGGAAUAAAUUCGCGGCGGUUAAUUCUCUCACUCUAACAGCACAUAUGCUGUUGGGCUGGUGCUUGACAGUCUGAAUAGCUGCACUUGAAGAGACUUCAGCCAAAUCGAGUUCACAUGACACUUGAAUAGGCAUCACUCCACGCGCACUCACUCUAAAGUCGCACUGACCCAAUAAUUCAAGCGGCCUCGGUCCAACCACAUUCACUCGACACCUAAACAGACCUCACCUAAAUCUCAUUUACUCAUAACUUGACUAGGCAUCAGUCCAAUUGCACUGGCUUGGCAUCUGAUAAGUCAAAUCGCAAGUCAAAUUGCACUCACUUGACACCUGGAUUACUCGCAGGUUCUCUGAAAUGUAACUCGGGAUGCCUGUAUGUAGGCUUCUGAUCCCAAAUAUACGUUCCCGAUUCUGUAUCAAGGCCUUCAAUCCUGUAAGCAGGCCGUCGAUCCGAUGCAGUGUAGUUGAAACCUGGAACUUAUCACACAAGUUCUUACUGAAUCGCAUUCACUCGAUACCUGAUUAGGCCUAAGACCGAUCGUAUUGACUCGACAUCUGAAUAGACCUCAGUCCGUUUGCAUCCUUUUGAUACAUUAUUAGGUGUCAAACUCUUUUAUCUGCAAACUGGGAUACUUUUUUGCACGCUUCCGAUCCCGUAUGUCAGCCUCCAAUCUUGUAUUAAGGCCUCUGAUUUUGUAUAUAGGCCGCCAAUCCAGUCCCAGUGUGAUUGAAGCUUAUUUUUUAUCAGAUAAAUUCCUACUUAAUCGCACUCACUCGACACCUAAAUACAUCCAAUAGCAAUCAUUCGACACCCGAGUAUGCUUCAAUCCGACCGCACUCACUCGAUAUGAUUUUGAGGGUGGCCCAGUUUAUUAGCAAUACUGAUCAUUUUCCAUUUUUUUCAAAAGUUUAUUAAGUCGAUACAAUUUUUUAGGCACGCUCGAUGUCUAAGCAUAGGUGCUUUAUAAGUUCGUUCCGCCUCCAACUUAGAGUGUUAUGCAUGGGUAUGAGAUAGCAUAGAAGUUUUUCCUUGCUUGUGUUCGGGAUCAAUUAAUAACGAAAAUUUCACCUCACAUGGUUCAUAGGAGUAGUGUUUAUUUGUCACCGAUUCUUAUAUGAAAUCGGAUUGUCGCUAUAGUGACCUUCCUUCAAUUCUGUGAUGAAGAGUUCGUCCAUCCAAUUCUAUAAUUAUUUCGGGAGUGUAGCUAUCUUCGUUAAUUUGUUGUUUUGCAGCUUUUUCCCAAAACUCGGGGGUAUAAAAAGUUCAUUGGUAACCAUAUCCAUAUUGUGAUUGAUGAAAGAAUGUUUGCAUAUUCCCCAGUUGCAACAAAUCGGAAAUAAUUAAGCAAAAUGUUCAUAUAGGCAUUCACAUAGGCUCCUUAGGACUGUUGGAAAACGACUAUGGUACUAUCUGAUGUGUAAAUGCUUUCUGUGCUAUCUUUUCAAGGUACUACUUGAUUGACCGCAUGUUUUCUGUUCUUUUGUAUUGCUUAACAGUCGUAAUGGGUGAACUUUAGCGAGAUUCAUACGGAGACACAAUAAAGUACAGACAAGAACAAAUGCGUUCCUGAUGUGUCGUUGUGGGUGGCUAAAAGUUAGCAGUAACAAUUUUUCGUUUUUUCGUUGUGAGAACUUCCAUUUUUACCAAUAUAUUUUCGAAAUUAUUUGAUUUACGAGAUUAUUUGGAAAAUGUAUAUCAAGAUUUUUUUUCGGGAAACAAUGUAUGUUUGUAGAACGAGUCAGUUUUAACGGUCCGCUUAUGUUCGCUUUUUUGUUCGCAUAAGUUUCUCAUAAUUUUUUAAUGGUUAUUGCUUAAAUAUAAUCAUUAUCUUACUUGAUUGCGUUGUCAUCAAUACGGAAGUUUUCGACUAAGUAGUUUCUGUGGGUUAAUUGAACGCUAGUAUCGGACUUUCUUGAACUUCAAAGUUUAGGACAUCAAAAAAAUAAAGGCCGUGUUGUUGGUUGUUAUUGUAUCAAGUUACUGGAAGUACUUGUAAUUUCAAUGUAAAGUAUUAUACAUUUACUUAGUAGUGUUUCUUUCCGUUUGAUGAUGGAUUCAUGGGUCCAAUAUGGUUAAUGUGUAUUAUUGGAAUGGGAAAGAUUAAGGUUUGCCGAAUUUUGUCCUGAUGCUUCGCUGGAUCGUGACGUUUUUUGAAAACUUUUUGACAGUCAAGACAUCCUGCUAUGAGUAGUGUUUUUCAUUUAUCUUUUUUGACCAAACUUGGUGACAUUGUCACAAAUGUUUCUAAUUCUCUUUUUUUUCCGAGUUAUAAAUCUUGUCCUAUCACUGCAAAGUUUUGAAACCAGCCAUAAAUGAUGAUGCGGCUUUAGAUUGUCUAUGGUGAAAUUUUUCUCGCACGCAUCUUCAUUGUUUUCUUUGAGAAUAUGUUUCAAUUUUUCUUGGAGAAUAUGUUUUAAUUUUUAAAAAAUUGGUUCAGUUUUUAGUUUCUUCUGGAUUACUUCUGAGCUCAGAUCCAUUGGUUUUGCUUCCCCGUUGAGUUUGUUCCAAACUUGAGAAAAUUUAUUUUUUUUAGAACAUCUAUAGGUUUGGAUGGCAGGGGCUUAGCAAACUUUUCUUUUGAAACUUGUUCGUGUUGUUGUUUGCGUGUUGCUAUUUCGUCAGUUACCGAAAAAUUCCGACAUCAUCUUCGUCUUUCUGGUUUCUAAAAGAGACUACGCUUUGUUUUUAUCUAAAAUAUAGUGUGAUUAGUGGUACUCUUUUAAUUGGGUUGGCUUGUUGUCUAAGUCAAACGUUAACUUCGAAUGAUAUUGGUCUGCUUUUUUCUCACUAACGCUAGUCGGAGGCGUUUUUUUAUAUAUCAUCUCAAUUUAGUUUUUUGAUGAUCGGAUGAUCCUUGCAAAAAAAAACAAUCGCAUUUAUUGGUCAGAAAACAAUUUAGAUCUUCUUCAUUCCCAAUUUACACUUUGGUUGUUUUUUCUUUACUUUGAUUUAUAUAAAUUUAGGUUGUUCCUGACACAGUUUUUUUUGAUGAUGGAAAAAUUUGCCGCAUCGUCUUAUAUCAAUAUCAUGCGCACUGAAGUAUUUUUCUUCGUUACCACCCCCACGUAAAAAAUGAUCUUUCGCGAUUUUUCAAAUAUCUUAUUUGUGUUUACCAUGAUAUGUUAUAGUCACGUUUCUGUUUAGUAUAUCUAAAAAAGCUAGAUUUUUUCCAUUCUGUCUAAAUAAAUAUCAGGUUUUGAUAGUGAGAAAAGCUGAUUGAAGAUCUGUCGUGUUCAAAUUUACCUUGACUAAAGAUUCGACUGUCAUAGAACUCACAUUACAAUGGGCUGAGCAAUUGAGUCCUUAAAGCUUGUAGUUCCCUAAAAUUUGAAAAAAAUCAGCUUUGCUUCGUUGAGCAAAUCGCUUAUUGUAAAACCUCAUCGAGAACUUGUUUUCUAAAUACAGCUGCUGACAAUGGCCGAUAGAUUAGCAGCAUGUGGAAUAUUUCAGCUGCUAAUCAGAUAGAUUUUUGCAUUGACACUGUCUCAGGAAAAUUCCAUGCGCUACGCUAUAAUGCUAGAUCCGAGAUGAUCGAUAUAUGAUAGUGCAUCCGAGGAAAAUUAGAUCAACUAGCGUCAACAAAUCUGUAAUCGAACUAGAAUCAUUGAUACUGAUGAUCUAGCUACACCAUACUUUCAUUUUGAGAUAUUCUCCGAAUUUUCGGUUAAUUUAUUUCUAACAGCGGUUUUUCUGUUAAAAGCUGAUAAGUUAACAA